GUUACCUCAUGGUAGGUGACGCUUCAGCUCUGCCUCUGUAGCUUCCCCUGCCAAUCUGGUGGUUCCAGAUGAGGCCCACAUCAGUUCAGGGAGAUGUUUACUCACUCAGUGAGAUGUGUUUUUCAAGGAUGGCUCUGAGACUGGCCCUGGUCAUGGAAGGUAGGUGGGCUCCACGCUAGGCUACGCCCAGCCUGGUGAAGGGGACACAGACUUCUAGUCCAGAGAGCAUAAUCCUGGGCUCUGCCACUCACCAGCUGUGGGUCAUUGUGCAUUGCUUCAUGUAUGACUCACUUUGGAAUAAGUUGUUCUUCAUUCAUAGCUGUCUAUGUUUUACAUUGACUUUUCCAUUAGAUUUUAUAGCUGGCUCAUACAAAUUAGAAAUAUUUCCCAUUCAAUUAUUUUUCACUUUUUUGAGACUUAUUAAUUUUCUUUUUCUUUUUUGCCAAUUCUGUAAUAAUACCUUUUAGAUCCAUUUGUGCUAAGUUAACAUUAAUUCAGUUUCACUUGCCUUGAAAAACAAAUCAUAUUGUUAAAUUACAUAGUGAACUGACAGUGAAAACACCGAAUUCACAUCCUUUUAGGAGAACACUUCGUGCCACUGUGUACACUGAAAAGUUUAAACAGGUGACUUCACAAAGUCUUCGUCUGUGGUAUCCAUAGUCUAAGAGUUUCCUGUUUUGUCUCUGUUACCUUUAUGUGGUAGGUUUGCCAUUUGAGUCUAAUGAAAAUCCUCUAAAUUCCUAGGAUUAGCCAAAGGAAAGGAGUGAGGGUACAGUUGAGGGUGAGGGGCUUAGAACCAGAGUCCAGAGCCCCCUGUAGCUCUUCAGGUUCUGCACAGGGCCGGCCACCCCAGCAUCCCCAGGAUCCUGGUGGCAGAGAGCUGCUGAGGAGGUCUGGCCUCUUAUCUCCUCUCAUAUGCUCAGCCCUCCUCUCCCCUCCUCCCUGAGAGGCUCAUCUGGCUCAGGCUGGGGCUGGGCUGCAGUUGCCACAGUUCUGCCCCUACCCUGGCCCAGACCUUCAGCCUCAGGAGAACCAGCUUCCUGCCACUGCUCCUAGGACUCGUCUCCCCUCCUUGCUGCAUCUGCAAUUCUGAUGCUCCGUGUCUGAAAGGGGUGCUCCACCUGCGGGCCCUGGAGCCCUGCCAGAGGUUUCUGGAGAUGCUGGUUGGCCCAGCCUCUUGGGGAAGAGGAGAAGGUGCUAGGCUAAAGGAGUGACUUGGGGGGGUGGAGCCCCAACCUGUUUAUAGGAUCAUGGCUCCUCGGAGCCUGGCAGAUUCACAGUCCCAUUCCCUUGGAAUAGUUGCUGCCAGCCAGCGAGGGAGCUGGCAUUUUGGGAGGAGCUGGAGCCUGGGAGUGUCAGUAUGGAAAGACUGACAACUAGGGGACCACCUGGCCAUCCUCACCAGGUGGAGGCCUCUGCUUGCUGGCGGCUUACUGUGAAGGUCCUGGAGGCCAGGAACCUGGGCUGGGCUGACCUGUUGAGUGAGGCAGACCCCUACGUGACCCUACAGCUGCCCACUGCACCUGGGACAAAGUUUAAAACCAAAACAAUCACCAACUCCAGUCAUCCUGUAUGGAAUGAGACCUUCAGUUUCCUGAUCCAGAGUCGGGUCAAGAAUAUUCUGGAGCUAAACGUCUAUGAUGAGGACCCAGUCACGGAGGAUGAUGCCUGCUUCAAGAUUCUCUAUGACGUCUCAGAAGUCCUCCCUGGCCAGCUGCUCCAGAAGACCUUCUCCCUGCGUCCCCAGGGACAGGAGGAGCUGGACGUGGAGUUCCUGAUGGAAAAAACGUCAGAACGCCCAGAAAACCUCAUCACCAACAACGUCCUUGUGGCCCGAGAGCUGUCAUGCCUGGAUGUCCAUCUGGUCAGCAUUGGGAGCACAGCCACGGUCACAGAUCAGGAUGAGCUGGAGUUGGUGCUGAAGGGCUCAUAUGAAGACACACAGACCUCUGCACUAGGCACAGCAUCCUUCCGCUUCCAUUACAUGGCAGCCCAAGAGGCAGAACUGAGUGGGCAUCUGAAGAGGUUGGAAAGGAAUGCCUGGACUUCAGACAAGUCAGCUGAGCACCUCACUGUGCCUCUAAGGUCCUUGGCCAUGGGAAAGGAGGUGACCAUUAACGUUCCUGCUACAAACGCCCCAGAAGUGAGGCUGCAGCUCAAGACUGAGGGCUGCCCUAAGGAGCUGGCUAUGCACCUGGGCUUUGAUCUGUGUGCAGAGGAGAAAGCUUUCCUGAGCAGGAGGAAGCAGGUGGUGGCCAAGGCUCUCAAGCAGGUCUUGCAGCUGGACAGAGACCUACAGGAGGAUGAGGUCCCUGUUGUGGGCAUAAUGGCCACAGGAGGAGGUGCCCGGGCCAUGACGUCUCUCUACGGCCACCUGUUGGCCCUACAGAAGCUGGGCCUCCUGGACUGUGUGACCUACUUCAGUGGCAUCUCAGGCUCUACAUGGACAAUGGCCCACCUCUACGGGGACCCAGAGUGGUCACAGGGGGACCUCGAAGGGCCCAUCAAAUGUGCUAGAGAGCACCUGGCCAAGAGCAAACUGGAGGCCUUCUCCCCAGAGCGCCUAGCAAGCUACUGCCGGGAGCUGGAGCUGCGGGCUAAGCAGGGCCACCCCAAGACCUUUGUGGACCUGUGGGCUCUCGUGCUGGAGUCCAUGCUGCAUGGCCAGGUGAUGGAUCAGAAGCUGUCGGAACAGAGAGCUGCACUGGAGCGGGGCCAGAACCCUCUGCCCCUCUACUUGAGCCUCAACGUCAAAGAGAACCAUCUGGAGACCCUGGACUUCAAGGAGUGGGUAGAGUUUUCACCCUAUGAGGUGGGGUUCCUGAAGUAUGGAGCCUUUGUCCCUUCUGAUCUCUUUGGCUCUGAGUUCUUCAUGGGGCGGCUGAUGAGGAAGCUCCCUGAGUCCCGGAUCUGCUUUCUGGAAGGUAUCUGGAGCAACGUUUUGUCCCUGAACUUGCUGGAUGCCUGGUAUGACCUCAUCAGCUCUGAUGACACCUGGAAGCAGCGUGUCAAGGACAAAAUUAAGAACCUGGAGGAGUCUCCUGCCUCCGUGAGGACCUCCUCACGGCUGGAGGCCUCCUGGCUGCAACCCGGAACAAUGCUGGCCAAGGCAUUUAAGGGCUUCCUGACAGGCAGGCCGCUCCACCAGCAUAGUCUCAACUUCCUUCGGGGCCUCCAGCUGCACCAGGACUACUAUAGCCAGAGAGACUUCUCCACCUGGGCAGACUGUGAGCUAGACUCCACCCCUGGUCAGCUUACGCCUCAGGAGCCACAGCUCUGCCUGGUAGAUGGCGGCUACUUCCUCAACACCAGCUGUCCCUCCAUGUUCCGGCCAGGCCGCAGACUGGACCUCAUACUCUCCUUCGACUACUCCCUAUCCUCACCCUUUAAGACGCUGCAGCAGACUGAGCUGUACUGCCGGGCCCGGGGACUGCCAUUCCCUCGAGUGGACCCCAACCCUCAGGACCAACACCAGCCAACAGAGUGCCACCUCUUCUCGGACCCCACUCACCCUGAUACCCCUGUCCUGCUGCACUUCCCACUGGUCAAUGCCUCCUUCAAGGACCACUCAGCCCCUGGUGUCCUACGCAGCCCCACAGAGCUCCCAGCUGGCCAGGUGGAUCUCACUGGGACCGCCUCACCCUAUUCCCUAUUCAACAUGACCUACAAGGAGGAAGAUUUUGAUCGCCUGCUGCAGCUUAGUGACUACAAUGUACGGAACAGCCAGGAUGCCAUUCUGCAGGCCUUGAGGAUGGCCGUGAAACACCGGGCCCUGGGGGCCAGGCCUCCAACAGCACAGAAUUGAGGCUGCUCAGGGACCCGGCACCCUGAAGACCCUCCAGGGGCUGAGGGCUUAACCCGAGCACAGCUGGCUACAGCCACAGCCCUCCAGCCCUCACUGGGCUGGAGUUCUGGGCUGUCCCAGGCCUGGGCUUCCUCGGCAGCCAGUCUCACGACCCAAAUUCUCCCUCACUUUCAUCGCUGGCUUGAGAGGAGCUGAAAGUGAGUUCCUCACCAGACCAGAGUGUAGAAUAGUGGUCCGACCGGACAAAAGUGCAUGUGUGACUACUUUCAUGCUGAACAGAACAGAUUUGGGGUACACGCUUGAGGCUUGAGACUAGGAGUGGGGACAAGCAGGGCAAGGGAUGGCCUGACUGAGAGGUGGCUCCGGGCCUCAGGAAUCACAGUAUGUCCUGAGAGUCCCUUCUUCGUCCUCUCCUCCUUUUUCUCAUCCUCCUUUUAUACUCUUUGUAAGCAACUUUAGUGAGCUAUAAUCCACAUACCACAUAAUUCAUCCAUCUAUAGUGUAUGACUCUGUGGUUUUUCCUUGGGUUGCUUCCACCGUCAUCAUUUUGAGAAGAUUUUCACUUCCCCGGAAGGAAGACCCUCAUCCCUUAGUUGUCAACAUCAACCCUCCCUCCCCAGCCCUAGGCAACCACUAAUCUACUUUCUGUCUCUACAGAUUUGCUUAUUCUAUUUCAUAUAAAUGGAAUCCUAUCUUUUGCGUCUGGUUUCUUUCACUUAGCGUAAUAUGUUCAAGAUUGAUCUACAUUGUAGCAGGUAUCUCUGCUUCACCCCUUUCCAAGGCUGAAUGCAAUUCCGUUGUGUAGAUGGCCCAACUUCACCUAAUGGUCAUUGGUUAAUGGGCCCUUGGGUUGUUUCCACUUGUUGGCAGUUAUGAAUAAUGCUGCUAUGAGCAUCAUAUACACACUUGUAUGUGGACAGUGUUUUUCAUUGCUUUGCAUGUAUACCUAGAAGUGAAAUUGCUGGGUCUUAUGGUAAUUUUCUGCUUAGCCUUCUGAGGAACCGCCAGCUAGUUUUCCAAAGCUGCUGCAACAUUUUCCAUUGCUGUCAGCAUUGCACGAGGGUUCCAGUUUCUCCACAUCUUUGCUGACACUUGUUAUACUCGUUAUUUUCUGUCUUUUGCAUUUUAAUUGUCCAUGUGGGUGCAAAGUGGUAUCUUCGUAUCUUAUCAGCAUUCCCCUAAUGGCUAAUGAUGUUAAGGCUCUUUUCACAUACCGUCGGCCUUUUGCAUUUCUUCUUUUAUCUAUUCAGAUCUUUUUGCCCGUUUUGACUGGAUUAUGUAUCUUUUUAUUAUUGUAAGAGUUCUUUAUAUUUUCUACAUACAAAUCCCUGAUCCCUGAUAUAUGAUUUGCAGGUCUUCUCCCAAUCUAUGGGUUGCCUCUUCACUUUCUUGAUGAUAUCCUUUGAAGCAUGGAAGUGUUUUUUAUUGUGAUGGUGCCAUUUAUAUUUUCUUUUGCUAUUUGUGCUUUUGGUGGCAUAUUUAAAAAAACCAUUGCCUAAUCCAAGGUCAUGAAGAUUUACACCUAUGUUUUCUUCUAAUAGUUUUAUAGUGUUAGCCCUUACAUUUAGGUCUUUGGUCCAUUUUGAGUUAACUCUUGUAUAUGGUGUGAAAUAGGGGUUCAACUUCACUUGUUUGCAUGUGGAUAUCCAGUUAUUCCAGCACCAUUUGUUGAAAAGGCAGUUCUUUCCCCACUGAAUUGUCUUGACACCCUCACUGAAAAAUCAGCUGUGAACGCAAGGGUGUCUAUCUGUGCUCCUUUCAUUGAUCUGUUUGUCUAUCCUGAUGUUAUACCACACUGUUUUGAUGGCUGUAGUAUGUAGUCCGUUUUGAAAUCAGCAAUUGUGAGCCUUCCAACUUUGUUGGGCAUGAAUAAGGGUUAAGUAACUUAAACUCAAAAGUGCAAAGCCAGCACUGGAACUGGAGAUUUCCUUUCCUUUUCUUUUCUUUUCUUUUCUUUUCUUUUCUUUUCUUUUCUUUUCUUUUCUUUUCUUUUCUUUCUUUCUUUCUUUCUUUCUUUCUUUCUUUCUUUCUUAAUGCUUACUUAUUUCUGAGAGAGAGAAAGAGAGAGAAUGAGUGGGGGAGGAAGAAAUACUUCAGGAGAGAGAGGGAGACACAGAAUCCUGAGCAGGCUCCAGGCUCUGAGGUGUCAGCACAGAACCUGACGCACGGCUCAAACCCAUGAUCCGUGAGAUCAUGACCUGAGCUGAAGUUGGACACUUAACCAACUGAGUCACCCAAUCGUCCCUGGAGGCUUUAAAAUCAAGCCAGGCUGUCACACCACACUGCAUGUUUGGGUACUUACUUUACGGCAUGUCCUACUGUACAAUGAAGAAUUAACCAUACCUGAACAGAGGUCAGGCCUUUGCUCUGGGCUACUGAGCGGUGAUCUCUUCAUCCCUUGAAUGGCCUGCCUGACGGGAGUGUCUUUGUUUGCCUGGGAAUCUGGCCGCUGCACAGCCUUAUAGUGUGAUUUGUGAUGGGGACUCUGGAACAGUCAGUAUUAGUUGCUGCCUAAGAACUGGGACUAGAAGAACUGGGACUAAAGCCAUGAGCCUGACAGACCAGUGGAGACCAAAGUCAGCCUCAUGGGCAGUAUGUGAUCAAGCCCCAGGAAAAACUCUGCACAAGGCUCAGGUGAAUCUCCCUAGUUGGUAAUAUUCUGUGGGUAUUGUCACACACUGUGGUGGAUGAGGGCAACACCGUCGGGUCCGUGACUGUGUGGGGAGGGCAUGACUGGGAGCUCCGUGUUUAGACCCCUCCUAGACUCUGCCGUGUGCAUCUCUCCCUCUGGCUGGCUUCAGUCUGUACCCUCUCACUGUCAAAUAAACGGUAAUUGUAAGUAGAGAUCUUUCCUGAGUUCUGUGAGUCAUUCUGGCCAAUUAUCAAAGCUGAGGUGCUGGGGACCCUGGAAUUGGUAGCCAGCUGAUCUGAAGUGAGGGUCAUCCCGGGACCCCUGAACUUCCAGCUGGUGUCACGAGGGCUCUUUUGUAAAGGGGAUGUUCCCUCAAGCUGCAGUUUGGUAACUCCCUUGCAAGUGGGGUCAGAAGUCCCGGGCAGACUCGGCAGUCUGGAGGACUGUUCCCUCAACCUUGAGGUUUGGUUGACUCAGGGCACCUAUGUUCUGGGGACUGACAGGGGCACAAGUAGGAAAA